AAGUUGAUGCGAGAUGGGCGUCGUGGUAAAUGAGUAACUUUUUUUCUUCCUCGAUGAUAAAUGAUGAUAUUUCGCCAAUCGAAUAAUGGCAAUCAUUUAGUUUCCGAGUGAUUCCUUCCUCAGUGCUAAUCGUUUGGGCCUAGAAUUGUUUAUAUGUUCUUUGAGAUAAUUCGGAGCGCUAGAAAGACUCCAAUUCCGAUAGGCCUUUAUUGUGAGAAUACGGAGUAAAUAGCUCAAAUUCUUCAUCGAUCAAAUACGUGACUCGCUAGGACGCAUUGCAAAAAUGGCCAAAGAAUAUGACCAUUUGUUCAAGUUGCUCAUCAUAGGUGAUAGCGGUGUGGGAAAAAGUUCUCUGCUGCUGCGAUUCGCAGAUAACACAUUUAAUGGAAGUUAUAUUACUACGAUAGGUGUGGAUUUUAAAAUUCGUACUGUAGAAAUAGAUGGGGAGAGGGUAAAAUUACAAAUUUGGGACACUGCUGGACAGGAGCGUUUUCGGACAAUAACAUCUACUUACUAUCGAGGGACGCAUGGAGUUAUAGUCGUUUAUGACGUGACGAGUGGAGAUACGUUCGCGAACGUUAAAAGAUGGCUACAUGAAAUUGAAUACAAUUGUGAUGUAGUGAAUAGGAUUCUAGUUGGAAAUAAAAACGACUCACCAAAUAACAAAGUUGUCCUCACAGAAGACGCACAGCGAUUCGCUAAUCAAAUGGGAAUUCAACUGUUCGAAACCUCUGCUAAAGAUAACAUCAAUGUUGAGGAGAUGUUUACCGCGAUAACACGACAAGUAUUACGUACGAAGAAGGAGAGGAAGGAGCGACAGGCAAUCCAAACGAACGAGACGGUCAACCUGAGAAAAAGCACCAAGCAGCAUAGAAAGAAAUGUUGUUAGCAACAUAAAUAAGUACUAGGUCGAUCCUUAACUGAAUAACAUUGGUUUCCAUGAUAGUCAGACAGGCGGGGAGUGCGCGUUGUUAAAUACUGGAAUGGACAGGAGAAAGUUCAAAGGACGGGCGCCCUUUCACAGUGUUGCAGGUCCUUUGAAAUGAGAGUUCGUACGAGAAUUCUGAUGUUCAAUUCUUUAAUCGCUGCUAGCGGCGUGUGCAUUUUUUUAAACCCGACGGGCCGGGUCGUGUUUCGAUUUCUCAAGCCGGUCUGAAAGUUCAAUUAAAAAAUUUCCGGAAAACUAUUAAAACGAAUUUUCGGCUCCGUUCGGGUUUUCCAGCCGGAUUGCGAACAUGGAACUCAACCCGAAGUCAUUUUGUACACCGCUAAUCACCGCCUUUCCAAAGAUAGUAGUAAUAUGUGAAAUUUCAGGAUAAACGUCUCAAAGUGUUCGACGAUCCCUAAUGGAUCAUCGUCUUCGACAUGACAUCCAAUUAAGGAGUAGGAGAGUUUCGGAUCUUUCUUUGCAGUUUAAGCGAAGCACGAAAUUGAUGUUUAAUACCUCUUUUUUAUCAGCGCUAGGUCUAGAUUAUGUUAAGAUACUAUUUGUAAAAUGUUAUCGACUGCUUUGAAUAAAAAAAGGAGUACGUUUCUAA